AUGCCCAAAUUCAAGGCAGCCCGCGGGGCCGGGGGCCAGGAGAAACACGCUCCCCUUGCCGAGCAGAUUCUGGCCGGGGACGCGGUGCGCGCCGGGGCCCGGGAGAAGCGGCGCGGGCGCGGGACCAAAGAGGAGGAGGAGGAGUACGUGGGGCCCCGGCUGACCCGGCGGAUUUUGCAUCAGGCGCGGCAGCAGCAGGAGGAGCUCGAGGCCGAGCAUGGCACUGGGAGCCGGCCCGCGGCGCCCCGGGAGCGCACCACGCGGCUGGGCCCAGAAGUGCCGCAAGAUGGAUCAGAUGAUGAGGAUGAAGAGUGGCCCACCCUUGAGAAGGCUGCCACAAUGACAGAGGCAGGCCACCAAGCAGAGGUGGCCGUGGACCCCGAGGAUGAGCGUGCCAUUGAGAUGUUCAUGAAUAAAAACCCUCCUGUCAGGCGCACCCUGGCUGACAUCAUCAUGGAGAAGCUGACCGAGAAGCAGACGGAAGUCGAGACGGUCAUGUCCGAGGUGACGGGAUUCCCUGUGCCCCAACUGGACCCCCGGGUCCGAGAGGUCUACCGCGGAGUCCGGGAGGUGUUAUCCAAGUACCGCAGUGGGAAGCUGCCCAAGGCGUUUAAGAUCAUCCCUGCGCUCUCCAACUGGGAGCAGAUCCUCUAUGUCACAGAGCCCGAGGCCUGGACUGCUGCUGCGAUGUACCAAGCCACCAGGAUUUUCGCAUCUAACCUGAAGGAACGCAUGGCCCAGCGCUUCUACAACCUUGUCCUGCUCCCCCGGGUACGAGAUGAUAUUGCCGAAUACAAAAGACUCAAUUUCCACCUCUACAUGGCCCUCAAGAAGGCCCUUUUCAAGCCUGGGGCCUGGUUUAAAGGGAUCCUCAUCCCACUGUGUGAGUCGGGCACCUGCACCCUCCGGGAAGCCAUCAUCGUGGGAAGCAUCAUCACCAAAUGCUCCAUUCCCGUGCUGCACUCCAGUGCGGCCAUGUUGAAAAUUGCCGAGAUGGAAUACAGCGGUGCCAACAGCAUCUUCCUGCGGCUGCUGCUGGAUAAGAAGUACGCGCUGCCCUACAGGGUGCUGGACGCUCUGGUCUUCCACUUCCUGGGGUUCCGGACGGAGAAGCGUGAACUGCCGGUGCUCUGGCACCAGUGCCUCCUGACUUUGGCCCAGCGCUACAAGGCAGACCUGGCCAUGGAGCAGAAAGAGGCCCUCCUGGAACUGCUCCGGCUGCAGUCCCACCCCCAGCUGUCCCCCGAGAUCAGGCGUGAGCUUCAGAGCGCAGUGCCCCGCGAUGUGGAAGAUGUUCCCAUCGCCAUGGACUGA